CUUUUGGGCACAGUGAAGGGUAGGGGGCUUCAUUCACCUCGUGCUCUUUCAACACAACUUACUGUUUCUCUACUUCUUAUUGUAAUAUUUGUCCUGUUCAGUCUUUCUGCAUCCCCUUUCCUCAAGCCACUUCCGCUGCCCCAACGCCCCGAGUUCCGUUGCGCGGCGAUCACGCGUGUCCUUGCCCGCUGGAGAUGUUGGCUGCGCGAUAGGCCUGUUACCUCAUUCUUCAUUCAUGCUCUGAUCGCAGAAUGGCGAACUUCAGUGAUUAUUACGCACAGCCUGCCUCAAGAUGGCCUACGCGAUUAUUACACUGUCUUUUGGGCUUCCUGUUGUUGACAGCAUGUCCCGUCCAGGCAGACAAGACCGCAGCGGACUACUUUGUCCAUUCGCUGCCGGGCCAGCCUGACGGUCCUCUAUUGAAGAUGCAUGCCGGGCAUAUUGAAGUAACUCCCGAGCAUAACGGACAUCUCUUUUUCUGGCUCUACGAGAACCGACACAUCGCGGAUCGAUCUCGAACCGUUAUAUGGCUGAAUGGUGGGCCGGGAUGCAGCUCGAUGGACGGAGCGAUGAUGGAGUUGGGUCCAUACCGAGUAAGAGAAGGAGGGAAGUUGGGCUACAAUGACGGAUCUUGGGAUGAGUUUGCCAAUCUGCUCUUCGUGGACAAUCCUGUUGGGACCGGUUUCAGCUACGUCAAUACGGACAGCUAUCUCCACGAACUGCAAGAGAUGGCGGAUCAAUUUCUGAUAUUCCUGGAGAAGUGGUUUGCAUUGUUCCCACAGUUCGAAACCGAUGAUAUAUACUUUGCAGGCGAGUCUUACGCUGGCCAGCAUAUUCCUUACAUCACCCGAGCAAUUCUGGACCGCAACGAAAAGGCAAAAACGGACGGCAAACAGACAUGGGACAUCAAAGGCUUGUUGAUUGGCAAUGGAUGGAUUGCACCAGCGCAACAGUACCUCUCUUACUUACCCUUCGCUUAUCAAGAGGGUCUCAUUCGCGGUGGGACAGACGAAGCGAAAAGGGUCGAGUCGGCGCAGACCAAGUGUAUUGGAGAAUUGGGGAAACCGGGUGGUGACGAGAAAGUGGACGUCAAUACGUGCGAAACUGUGCUGUCAAUGAUCCUGGACGUUUCCAGACAAGAUGGCAAAUGCUACAACAUGUACGACAUCCGCCUACAAGACAACUGGCCAUCUUGUGGAAUGGCCUGGCCGCCUGAUUUGACAACGGUGACGCCUUACCUUCGUCAACAAGAUGUUAUCAACGCUCUGCACAUCAAUCCCGAUAAGCGAACAGGCUGGACCGAGUGCUCUGGAGCUGUGUCCGCAGCGUUCCGAGCAAGUCAUUCCAAGCCGAGUGUGGAUUUCCUCCCCGGCAUCAUAGAGGCUGGGGUUCCCAUCUUACUAUUCAGCGGUGCCAAGGACAUGAUCUGCAACCAUCUCGGUACAGAAGAUUUGAUCAGCAACAUGAAAUGGGGUGGAGGGACUGGGUUCGAAUUGUCUCCUGGAGUCUGGGCACCCAAACGCGACUGGACUUUCGAAGACGAGCCAGCUGGAAUAUACCAGGAGGCUCGAAACCUGACAUAUGUGUUAUUCUACAACGCCAGUCAUAUGGUUCCAUUUGAUUGGCCACGACGAAGUCGCGAUAUGCUGGAUCGAUUCAUGGGAGUUGACAUUGCCAGUAUUGGCGGCAAGCCAGCUGAUAGCCGCAUCGACGGUGAAAAGGCCGGCACCGAAACCAGCGUGGGAGGACACCCCAACAGCACUGCCGCAAUCGAGGACGAGAAGCAAAAGGUCAAGGAUGCCGAGCUUCAAGCAUACUAUCGCAGUGGAGAGGCUGCAUUGGUGGUAGUACUGAUUGCAGCAGGAUUGUUCGGCUGGUGGGUAUGGCGAGGAAGGCGAAGAGCACGGGGAGAAGGUUACAUGAGCGUUCCACUGGGGAAUGGUGCUUUGGCACUGGGCAAAAGACGAGACGUCGAGGCAGGAGACUUUGACGAAAAUGAGCUGGACAAUCUGGGUUCAAAUCGUCGACGGCCAAACAUGGAGACUGAGCCUUACGACCUGGCUUCUGACAGCGAGGAUGAUAUUACAGUAGUACAACAUGGGCAAAUGGGCGGCAACCAAAAGGAAAAGGCUGGGGGAUAGGGAAAUGCAAAUAACCAGAUGUUAUUGUUCUCUAGCAAAGUAUGAUGAGCAUGGAUAGCUUAUUAACCUUAUGAAUAUAGAUAUAUGAUAACUUUUAGAGUUAA